AUGUUCUGGGUAUUCUUGACAUCUUUCACCGGAGAUGGAUUUUAUGAAGAAAGUGAUAUCGUCGUGGAGAAAGGAGCGUAUAAUGGGGUUUUAAUGCCCGCAGGUAACUUGUCGGCUGAAAUACCUGUAAGCUUUAAAAUGGAAUAUAAAUCCGGAGACACGUAUCAAACCGUAGCUGCCGGAUUUGAUUCUUUGCAAGGUUUGCUGGAAAAAUUCCCAAAUGUGGUUAUGUGUGUGAACUGCUUCCUGAAUCCGAAGAUAGAUCUUCCGAUGGAAAAACCUCAGAACGGUAUGGAGCUCGCGGGCUGCGAGCUUUAUCCACGACUGUUUCCAGUAGGGUUUCCCUUGGGGAAAUAUUAUAUACAUAUAACUCAUAAAUGUGAUGAACUUGGCGAAGCGUAUUGUGGAUCAAUUCGAGUUGAUUUUGAAUUAAAGGCAAAGGCUGAGGAUUAAGACAUAUAGCAUGUUUUCUAUUAUGUAUAAACAAUAUGUAUUCGAUGAAAAUAUAUAAUUUUACUGUUAUCCUCUUCGUUUUCUUUACCAGUGAAG